CUAGCCAAAAUGGGCAAGCUAAUAGCUCUUCUCGUCAUUCUCAGUCUUAGUGCUCUGAUUACGGGCGAGCGCAUUGUCAACUGCUAUUGGGGCACGUGGGCGAAUUACCGGAGUGGCAAUGGCAAAUUCGAUGUAUCCAACAUCGAUGCCAACUUGUGCACGCAUCUGAGCUAUUCGUUCUUUGGCAUCAACGACAAUGGCGAGAUUCAGUCGCUGGACACGUGGCUGGACUAUGAUUUGGGCUUCAUCAACCAGGCCAUUGGCCUGAAGAGCCAGAAUCACAACCUCAAGGUACUGGCUGUGGUUGGUGGCUGGAACGAAGGCUCUGCCAAGUACUCCUCCAUGGCCAGCGACUGGAAUAAGCGUCAGAACUUUAUUAACUCUGCUCUCAACCUGCUGCGCAACCAUGGCUUCGAUGGCCUGGACCUGGACUGGGAGUACCCCAAUCAACGGGGUGGCAAAUGGGAAGACCGCUCCAACUUUGUCACCUUGCUGAGGGAAAUCAAGGAAGCCUUCGCACCCUACGGCUAUGAGCUGGGCAUUGCUGUGGGCGCGGGCGAGUCCAUAGCCAGCAGCUCCUACGAAAUCGCAAACAUUGCUCAGCAGGUGAACUUCAUCAACGUUAUGACCUAUGAUUUCGCCAUGGCCUCGGACGGCCAGACUGGCUUCAACGCCCCACAGUGGGCCAUCGAGAACUCCAUCAAUUAUUGGCUCAACCAAGGUGCACCUGCCAAUAAACUUGUGCUUGGCAUUGGCUUGUAUGGACGCACAUUCCAGCUAUCGGACCCCUCUCAAAAUUGGCCAGGAGUUCCAUGCCGAGGCGUGGGCGGUGCAGGUCCCUUCACCGGCGAAGGUGGCUAUUUGGGCUAUAAUGAGAUUUGCCUGAACAACUGGCAGACGGUCUUCGACUAUAAUAAUGCCGCUCCCUAUGCCUUUUCCGGAGAUCAAUGGGUCAGCUUUGACAAUGUUCUCAGUGUCCAGUGGAAAAUGGACUUCGCUCUGUCCAAGAACUUAGCCGGAGCUAUGGUGUGGUCUAUAGAGACGGACGACUUCCGUGGCCACUGCGGCGAGUCAUAUCCCCUCCUGAAGACCAUCAACAGAAAGUUGCGUUGGUAAUUUUAAUUGCAAAAAUAAUUAUUGUAUAUC